GCCCCGCCUGGGGCAGGGAGGCGCCGAGGGAGCCGCAGCAGCCCGGCCAGAGGCAGCUGGAUUGUAACUUGCACUUACAGAGUCAGCAACUGGAAAAAUGCGAGAUUCUGGAAGUAAWUUGAUGUUUUCACAUAAAGAUGUUAUAAAGGGUACUUCAGACUUGAGUGAAAUGAAAAUUUCAGAUGAAAAAGUAUCUGUUAAAAAAAGAACAGUGACUCAGAUUUGGAAUAAUGGCUAUCCCGACUCCAUAUACCUAAAUGCAGCUAAGAUUUUUCAAAGCAUUCAUAUUGAAAAGAGUAAGGAUGAAGCACARGUGCGGUACGCUGACAGCUCGGAAUUUCCCAUGAUGGCUUUUAAAGAUGAGCAUUCUCAGCGGAUAUCUUAUGAACUGGCUUUCAAUGCUCUAAAAUAUCAAGAUCUCCUUGAAAAAAUAUUGUUAGAUAGUGGUGCUUACCCAUGCUAUUCAAUACCAGAUGAGUUAACCAGCUUGCUUGUUGUGAUGCUUUAUGACCUACAAGACCGAAAGUUUCAAAAACGAAUUAUUUUUGAUGAAGAGGAAAUUGUAGCAGACGUUCAGGAAGUAGGACUUUAUUUAUACAGUUGUAAGACCAAAUUGGCAGCUGCACUAGCACGAUGUCGCAUCAAAUAUGAUGCUCUUUCAAUUGAAUACUUUUUACCAGAAACCAUAUGCAAGCAGGAACAAAGGACUUCUGCUUUACCUGUCUCUGCUUGGAUAAACACUUGUAAAAUCAGCAUUGAAGAUGUUAUCAGAGAUUUGGAGAUGAAGGGAUUCAAGAAGGUUGAAUCUGUGUCAGACUUUGACCAUUAUACUUAUGCUGUGGACCAACAUUGCCCCGAUGUAUUGUUUUUUCCUUCCUCUCUUAAAGAAGAACUGCUUAAUUUAGAUCUUUUUGCAGAUUACAAACUCCUAUUGCAGGAUAAGUCUCGCAGCCUUGCUGUACACUCUGCACAGGCGCUGUUGAAUGAAGGUGGUGACGUUAUUGUGGCUCACAUAGGUUCCCAUCUGACCAUUGCCCAUAUGUCAGUGCUGACAAAUCAAAGCAUGUCCACAAUUUUUGUUUGUGGUGUGAAAUCUUCAGAAAAAGAAGAAGAACUGAGGAACAGUUUCAGUCAAAUGGGAUGUGAAAAUAUUCAGUUGUUACCUGAAGAUUUUACUGAGCUUGAACCAAAAGACUCAAGACUUCAAAAGGCAAAAGUUAUUUUGCUGCUACCACAGUGCUCUGGACUGGGUGCUGGCAAUCCAAUGGAGUUUAUUUUAAGUGAAAAUAGAGAUGCAGGACUGCUACGAGACAUUUUCCAGGGAUUUGUGCCUAAGGAUAAACUCAGUAUUCUUGCUGAGAGGCACCUUAAUGAGUUGASUCAUGCACUGAAAUUUAACAAAGUACAAGCUAUUGUUUACAGCACUUGUUCAGUUUACCCAGAGGAAAAUGAAUUAGUAGUGAAAAAAGCACUGGAAUGUGGAGUGGAGGGACGUAAAGGACGACCAUAUAGGCUUAUUCCUUCUGUAUUUUCUACUUGCUCCAAAUCACAGGCUUCCACUGAAACGUUUUUCAAAAUGGAGCCAUCAAAAAUUUCCAGUGGUUGUUUUCUAGCUGUUCUAGAGAGAGAGAAAGCUUUUAAACAAGUGCCUUCUGAAGACAUUCUGGCUUCUGCUGAAGCAGAAGGACAACUAGAUGGCAUUGUUGAAGAAAAACCRAAAGAAGAGGUGAAAAAAGAGAAAGUAAAACAACGUAGACGUAAGGUUAGUGCUAGCGAUAGUAAGCCAAAAGCUGCAAAGAUCCUUCGCCAAACUGGACCUAAUGUUAAGGCUGAAGUUUCUGUGUCUAAAGCAGCCGGUAACAUACAAGAAAAGGAUGUGGGCCGAAAGAAAGCAGCCAGUAACAUGUCACAGAAAAAGGGGCGCCGAAAGAAACCAGCCAGUAACAUACAUGAAAAGGAUGUGGGCCAGACAAAAGCGGCCAGUAACACACAACAAAAAAAGGUGCAUCGAAAAAAAGCAGCCAGUACCGUACCCCAGAAGAAUGUGACCCAAACAAAAGCAGCCAGUAACAUACAAAAAAAGAAUGUGCAACAAAAAAAAUCAGCCAGUAACACACAGCAGAAGAAUGUGCCCCAAAGAAAAGCAGCCAGUAACAUACAGCAGAAGAACACGCACAAAAAAAAGUAGUCAGCAACACACAACAAAGGAAGUGCAUCAAACAAAAGCAGUCCGUAAUGCAUGUCUAAAGAAGUCAGUAAUGCAUCUGUGCCUAAAGCAGACAGUAACAUACAACAAAAGAAUGCCCUGAAYAGUCAUGUUCAGCAGAAGGCAUCAGUGAACGCCAAUUUGCCCACAGCCCCCCUAAAAGUGCUGAACUGCCCAUCUCAUCUGUCUCCUUGGAGCAAGAUGAAUGAGAGAUGGACACCUGCUCAAAAGGCAUGGCAGAACAGAAGUGUUGUACUGAAGCCCCCCGCAGUCACGGUGCCUCCUGUGAGAAGACCACGUAAAAGUUUGUGAGGAAACAAAUGCAGAGCAUCAACUUAACAUUGCUUUCAUGAUCAGAGUGCUCCAGGUGGUUGGAACCCCCCCCGGUCAAAAAUGGUCAAACCAACCUGGCUAUAUGAAGCUUCAGACUUUGCCCUUCCUUUGUAGAAAAGGUAAAGAUGCCUGUAUAUUAAUGAAUACUCUUACAUUACAGUAUAUCUUUAUGCAAGGAUAAUCUGGCUGUGGGUAAGAAAUAUUAUGGACUACUUGUAUAGAAAUAUCCACAUUAGAUAGUAAAUUUUAAUCCAGUAAUCACACUUUAAAGUGAAUGUAGCUCAGCUGCCCAAGGCUGAUAGACUGUUGGGGCAAGUGAGGUCAAAAAACUAUACCCUCUUGCUAUAUACUUUAAAGUGACAAGUUAAAUCAUA